AUGGCUACCAACAACAAUUUACAGAAAGCCAUCGAUCUUGCCAGUAAGGCGGCUCAAGAGGAUAAAGCUCAGAACUACGAAGAGGCUCUGCGAAUGUACCAGGCAGCUGUACAGUACUUCCUCCACGUUGUCAAAUAUGAAGCCCAAGGUGAAAAAGCAAAACAGAGCAUCCGUGCAAAAUGUGCCGAAUACUUGGACCGGGCAGAGAAGUUAAAGGAGUAUCUCAAGAAGAAGGAAAAUGCUCCACCUGCUAAGCCUGUCAAAGAGUCUGAUGACAAAGGGAACGAAAGCGAUGAUGGUGACGAUCCAGAGAAGAAGAAGCUGCAGAAUCAACUCUCAGGUGCCAUUGUUAUGGAGAAGCCAAACAUAAAGUGGGAUGAUGUUGCUGGUUUAGAGGGCGCCAAGGAGGCUCUCAAAGAAGCAGUGAUCCUCCCAAUCAAAUUUCCUCACCUAUUUACAGGAAAAAGAACACCAUGGAGGGGGAUCUUGCUCUUUGGACCCCCAGGUACAGGGAAAUCUUAUUUGGCUAAAGCAGUUGCAACAGAGGCAAACAAUUCCACCUUCCUGUCAGUCUCCUCUUCUGAUCUCGUAUCCAAAUGGUUGGGAGAAAGUGAAAAGUUAGUAAAAAAUCUCUUCGCCCUCGCGAGAGAACACAAGCCCUCCAUCAUCUUCAUUGAUGAGAUUGACUCCCUCUGUGGCUCCAGAAGUGAGAACGAGAGCGAGGCAGCCAGACGUAUCAAGACAGAGUUUCUGGUGCAGAUGCAAGGUGUUGGAAAUGACAAUGAAGGAGUGCUUGUACUGGGGGCGACAAAUAUUCCUUGGACCCUAGACUCUGCAAUCAGGAGAAGAUUUGAGAAGAGGAUCUACAUUCCGCUGCCCGAAGAACACGCUCGCUCCUUCAUGUUCAAACUCCACUUAGGCUCGACCCCUAACAGUCUCACCGACUCAGACUUUGUCACACUGGGCAAGAAAACGGACGGCUAUUCAGGCGCGGAUAUUAGUAUCAUCGUGAGAGAUGCGCUCAUGCAGCCUGUCAGAAAGGUCCAAGCGGCCACCCAUUUUAAAAGGGUGAAUGGACCAUCGAGGUCGGAUCCUCAUAAGAUUGUAAAUGAUCUUUUGACUCCUUGCUCGCCGGGCGAUCCCAAUGCAGUCGAGAUGACAUGGAUCGACGUUCCCGGAGAGAAGCUUCUGGAACCUGUAGUUUGCAUGUCUGAUAUGCUGAGGUCUCUGUCUAACACCAAGCCCACCGUCAAUGAUCAAGAUCUGGGAAAACUGAAACAAUUCACAGAGGACUUUGGACAGGAAGGCUAG